AUGGUAAAAGUUUACUGUGUAUCUGAUAUUCAUACAGAUUUUAAAGCAAAUAUGGCUUAUAUUCAAACCUUGCCUGUGGAGAGUGAUAGUAUUCUCAUUGUUUGUGGUGAUAUCUCUGACAAUAUCAAAGUGAUAGAAGACACACUCAAUUUACUCAAUAUCAAAUACCCUACAGGUGUAUUCUUCAUACCAGGUAAUCAUGAACUAUGGUGUGGUAGAUCUGAUCAAUGUACCAGCUCAAUGGAAAAGUUGGAAGUGAUUUAUGAGAUUUGUAAAAAGACUGGUACUUUUAUUAAUCCUACUAAAAUUAAUAAUGAUUUGGCAAUUUUCCCAAUGUUAGGAUGGUAUCAUCCUUCUUUCGAUGAAGACUGGUGUAAAUUGAAUGAUGAACUAAAGGUGGCUACCUACGAUGGAUUGUAUCAUAAAUGGGGUGAUUUCCGUCAUAGCAAAUGGGACAUCCCUCAUAUACAGGUGGCAGAAAGAUUCCUUCAAGCCAAUGAAAAGUUAAUUCAUGACUUUAAGCAGCAACAUCAACAAUCCUAUCCAAGUAAAGUGAUUUCAUUCUCUCAUUUCGUACCUAGAAGAGAACUGCUUCCUCCAAGAUCACAACUACUUAAGGAUUUCCUUCCUCUUGUGGUAGGUUCAGUAGAGCUCGAUACACAACUUCGUUCGAUAGGUUCUACUGUACAUCAAUAA